GCGGCGCAUGCGCGACGCCGAAGGAAGUCUUCGCCGCCAAUCCAAAGAGCGAGCGGGCUCUGGGGACCGCCUUUAGGAGUGUGAUUGGCGAGCCGCCUAGCCAAUCCAUCCGCCACGUGAGGCGGCCCUCGCGCUGUGUUUACCUCACAGCGAUUCCUGUCAGUGGGGCGCUUGAUUGACUUACGCUGCAAUGUGAAUAUAGUCGCCUGUUUAAUAAAUAUUUAGCAAGUCUGCUCAGAAGCCCCACUGAGUCAAAACACUAGCAACUUAAGCUGCUGCACACCAUACAUCUAAGGGCCUCUACCCUAAGGUUACCAGAUUUUUUUCAAUAAAUCCGGGGACACUUAAAAAAAUGAUUUUUUUUUUUAAAGAGAAAAAAAGUUAUUUUAAAAAUUUAAGGAAAAAAGUCAACACCACAGAUCAAAGUUUUUGAAACUGAGCUGGCGAGUAGGUCCUCCAGUGGGCGGACGGCACCCAAUGGGGACCCCGAGAUGCAGCCGAUUCUCCUGCUCUCGCUGCGGGGCUGCCCCAAAGCUCCCAGCCGCCGCCGGCUGAAGUGAUGCCGCGCUCCCUGCCGCUGCCAGAUCGAGCCCAGAGCUUUUGCACGAACACACCCACCCACCCCCGCACCGCUUCUUUCUCUUUUUCUCGCCCCCAUCACUCCUCUCCUCCCCAAAGCCGUGCAGCCGCAAGCAGCUCAAAUGGAGUGGAAAAUGGCCAGUGGUGGCAGAUCGAGCCUUUAGAUUAUCUCCACAUUUGGUAUUUAGCUGUCUCUAAUCCGCUUUUAUUUGCCAGAAGCCGCCCCCCCUCCCACCAGCUUGGGCGGGUGGUUGCGGGGGCGGCGAGGAGACAGAAGAAGCGGGGUGGUGAAUAUAUAUGUGUGUCCCCCCAUAUACAGUAUUUUGGCUGCCGCCGCUUCUAUACACGUUUAUAUGAUAAGCUGAGCCCAGGGGUGGGUAGAAAAGGGGGGGUGGAGAUUGGAGGAAGAGGUGGAGGUGGCUCCAGUUCAGAGUUACUGGAGAAUCCGUGUCAGGACUUCGCAAUCCGCAGUCACACACAGAGAGAGGUGCAUGGACGAAAGGGAGCUGGCAAUACAAUUCACUGGGAUUUUUCUUUUAAAGAGCGAUUUCACUCGCCCCCCACUCUCCUUUUCCUCUCUGACUCUUCCUUUCUCUCCCCAUUGCUUUCAGCGCGACCAGCUUUGCUCUUGAUCUCCGUUCACGGGGCAGCAAGCAGCAGCGUCAAGGAGAGAGGAAAAGCAAGGAGGGGGGAAAGCGAAGCUUGAAGAAGGGUUGGAACUGGAUCCGGCUACAGGCCAGGAUGCCAACCAGGGAGAUGUAAAUGAGGCGGACGAGGCCGACGGAGAUAAAGGGGGCUUUUCUAUCCGAUUUUCCCUCUUGCGCG